AUGACGGCCUACCUGGAUGCCAAAUUGCAUAUUUCCAAGGACUGGCAGUGUCUGAGGCGUACCCGACAGGGAAUGAGAAACUUUGAUGCCGCUGUCAGGGCGAAAAAGGCGUCAGUGUACUUCUUAUUCGAGGCUGCUGCGCUUCGACAACCAAACGAUGAGUGCAUCUGGUCCCGGCAAGGAGUCUACACUUGGGCAGAGACGUACCAACGCGCGUCCCAGUAUGGCCACUAUUUCCAAUCGCUGGGCGUCAUGGCCUUCCAGUACGUGGGCCUGUACAUGUACAACUCGCCCGAGUUCCUCUUUAUAUGGCUGGGACUCUUGUCCAUAGGGGCUGCCCCGGCGCUGAUCAACUACAACCUCGCAUCCGGCGCGCUGCUUCACUGCGUCAAGGUUUCAGGCACAAAGGUCUUGAUCUACGACAGCGCCCCGGACUGCGUGUCGCGGAUCCAGGCGUCUGGAGCGGACCUCCGCAGCACUGGCGUCGAGCCCGUCGUGCUGUCGGACGGCUUGAAAGACAAGAUCAGCCAGAAUCCAGCCACCCGGCCCGUCACGGCUUGUUUCGAGGACACUGGGAGGGUUCUGCCCUUCGCUUUGAUGUACACCAGACCGUGGCUGACCGAGAUGUCUGUUGGCGUGUUGAGCGGAACGACCGGCAUGCCAAAGGCUUCCCCCCUGGCCGUUCAACGGCUGUACAUGAGGGCGUCUGUAUACCCGAGACUGCAUGGACAGGAGCCUGGGCCGGGAGGUGACAAGAGUUACUAUUGUAUUCCUUUAUACCAUGGAACCGGAGGGAUAGGGGCCAUGGAAGACAUGAUGACCGGAACGUCUGUUGCGCUGGCGCCCAAGUUCUCGCUGUCUCGGUUCUGGCAGGACUGUGUGGACAGCAAGGCCACAGUCUUUGUCUACGGUACGUCGUGUAUGACCAACUUGCGCCGCCGUGAGAAGCUGACUUGGGCAGUUGGCGAGCUCGUGCGCUACCUGCUGGCCGCUCCACCGUCCCCGAACGACAAGAGUCACCGGAUACGUCUUGCUUGGGGCAAUGGACUCAGCCCCGAGCUGUGGCAAACGUUUCAGAGCCGCUUCGGUGUCGCUGAGAUUGGUGAGUUCUUCGGCAGCACGGAAGGCGUCGUGUUUAUGACGAACCAAUUUCGAAGCGGACUUGGCUCCGGAGCCGUCGGCCACCACGGCUGGCUUCUCCGCAGACAAUACCACAAAGUGCUGGUCCCCGUACACGUUGACCCAGAGACGGGUGAUGUGUGGCGAUCACCAGAGACGGGCUUUGCCAGGCGGUUACCGUACGAGCAAGGCAGGGAACUGCUGGCGAGGCUGACGUCGAGGGACGACUGGGCGGGCUACUUUGGCUCGGAGGAGGCGACCAGGCAAAAGCUCCUUCAAGACGUCUUCGAGAAGGGCGACCUGUAUUGGCGAACAGGCGACGCGCUUCGCCGGGAUGGGGACGGCUAUUGGUAUUUCAUGGACCGGCUUGGAGAUACAUAUCGAUGGAAGGGAGAAAACGUGUCCACCACAGAAGUCACCCAGGUCCUGGGCACGCAUCCCCAAAUAGCAGAGGCCAACGUCUACGGCGUCAAGAUCCCCUCGCACGACGGCCGGGCGGGCUGCGCAGCUCUGGCCUUGAGGGACGGGGACCCGCGCAGUUUCGACUGGGCGAGCGUGGCGGCGCUGCUCCGCAAGGAGCUGCCUGCUUAUGCCGUGCCCGUCUUCAUCCGAGUAAGACGAGGGCUCGGCAGUAUGAGCACCGCCAAUCACAAGCAUAACAAGGUGUCGCUACGGCUCGAAGGCGUUGAUCCGCGGGCGCUGGGCACCAAGGUCCCCGAUGGCAAGGACGACGCGUUGUUCUGGCUGCCGGCCGGGUCGAACGAGUACGUUCCCUUCUCGCAGGGUGAUUGGGACAGGCUGGCGCAGUUGCGGGCGCGUAUUUGA